AUGCAAGAGAAGAACUCCGGUCGCAAUCCAUCGGAAUCCACUUCCUUCGGGGACCCUGUCUCUCCUUAUUUCUUUGAGAAGAGGCGCUGCGCCGGCUUCGUCUCCGCUUUAGCGCGCCGCCCAUUGGGUCGACGACUCAACCCUGGGGCCGAAAGAGGAGCCGGUCGCGACUCGCGGGUCACUCGGGACCGCCAGGAAGAAUCCAAAAGGCCCAAGCCUCCUGCCCCAAAGGGGCCCAAACGACGCCCUGCCGUUUAG